AUACACAUGACAGUCUGGGCGCACAAUAGAGUCCCGCUAGAGCGUCCAACCGCCCCCGCGUGAUCAUAGAGCCAUCUAGACAGGCAGGCUUUUCUUAGGUGAUGGGUGUCAUUUUUCGGCGACAGACUUGCUUGCGCGCCUGCGCCGCUUGCGUUGACGUGUGCCGCCGGCGCGAACGAGGGAAGCGCGCGAGAGGAUGGAGUCGUUGGCCUCCGAUCUGCACGGCGUGCAGGCUCUGCGUUUCGGGGAGUUCGUGCUGAAAAGCGGCCUCGUCUCCCCCGUGUACGUCGACCUGCGCGUCAUCGUGUCACACCCGGCGUUGCUCAACAAGGUAGCAGACCACCUGUUUCAGACAGCAAAGGAAACCAAGAUCAAGUAUGACUCAGUGUGUGGUGUUCCCUACACAGCUUUGCCAUUGGCUACAAUCAUCUGCUCCAUCAACCAGAUCCCAAUGCUUAUACGGAGGAAGGAAGCAAAAGAUUAUGGUACCAAGCGUCUUGUGGAAGGCACCAUAAAUUCAGGAGAAACUUGUCUCAUCAUUGAGGAUGUCGUUACCACUGGUUCAAGUGUGUUGGAGACAGCAGAGGUCCUUCGGAAAGAAGGGUUAAAGGUGACUGAUGCCAUAGUGCUGCUGGACAGAGAGCAAGGAGGGGAAGCCAUGUUGGGGAAACACGGGAUUCGCCUACACUCAGUAUGUACCUUGUCUAAAGUUCUCAAGAUCCUUGAGCAGCAGAAAAAAGUUUCUCCUGAGAUGAUGAUAAGGGUAGAAAAAUUCAUCCAGGAAAACAUAAUCAAACCUUCUGAGCACAAUGGUACUGCUCCCAUGAAACGAAUAUGCAAAGAAAUGAGCUUUGGUGCUCGGGCUGAGCUGCCUGGCACCCAUCCACUUGCUGCCCGGCUUCUCAGGCUUAUGGAAAAAAAACAGUCUAACUUGUGCCUGUCUGCUGAUGUCACCACCUCCAAAGAAUUGCUCCAGCUAGCUGCUAAUCUGGGCCCUUCCAUCUGUGUCUUGAAAACUCAUAUUGAUAUUCUGGAAGAUUUCACCCCAGAAGUAAUAAAACAGUUGCGACUGCUUGCAGACCAGCAUGAAUUCUUGAUAUUUGAAGACCGCAAGUUUGCAGACAUUGGGAAUACUGUGAAGCAUCAGUAUGAAGGUGGUGUUUUCAAGAUAGCAUCCUGGUCAGAUAUAGUUAAUGCCCAUGUGGUUCCUGGUCCUGGAGUUGUCAGGGGGCUGAAAGAAGUCGGAUAUCCUUUACAACGAGGAUGUCUGCUGAUUGGUGAGAUGAGCUCAGAAGGAUCACUGGCCACUGGCGACUACACUAAAGCUGCAGUUAAAAUGGCUGAAGAACACUCAGAUUUUGUUUUCGGAUUUAUUUCUGGCUCCAGAGUUGCUGAAAGGCCUGAAUUCCUUCACUUGACUCCAGGAGUUCAGAUGCAGGCCGGAGGUGAUAGCCUUGGGCAGAAGUACCUGAGUCCUCAAGAAGUUAUCGUUGGAAGAGGUUCGGAUAUCAUCAUUGUAGGACGUGGCAUCUUGUCUGCAUCCAAUCGCUUGAAGGAAGCAGAGGCUUACAGAGAGACGGCGUGGGAGAGUUACUUGAAGAGAAUGGGUGUUAAUGCACCCAAUUAACCCAAGUAGUGGGUUCUAUUGAGCAGAAAAAUCCUAAAAGCUGGAAUGAUUGAGCAUGUAAUUCUCCUUGGGAUCUCCACGCACACAUCCCCCAUGAAUGUUUGGCUAUGUUGAAAGCAAUCUGGCACUGAUUAAGCAUUCAGGAAUAGUCACACAAAUUGCAGCUGUGGCACUUUUCCGCAGUGUGAACUCAAGCAGCAAGUUUUCAUGUUCUGCUAGUCUUAAAAUUCUGCUUUACUGCAUUAAAAAAAAAAAGCACUCUAAAGGACAUUUAAUAGGAUUACUCUCCUCACUUUUGGCCUGUUUCCAUUGGCUCUGGGAACCACAUAGCCACAAUAAGUUGUGAGAACAGAAGAGAUGAAGGAAAUCUGUGAUAACCUGCCAUGUGCCAUUUUAGUAAACAGUCUUAAUUGCUGUUCUCAACUGUGUUGGGAGAGAAGAACUGAAUGCAAUACAGCUGAGCAUUCUGCCGUGUAGCAGUUUCUCUGUCUUGACUUAGUUUCAAAACUUAUAUCUGAAAGUCUUUAAAAACUGAAAUUAAUACACUUGCCCGUAUUUGGAUGGAUGCCUUGACAAUGGUAUGUGGAGAUGCAUUCCAUCCUGUUCCACCCUCUACUUCACAGCCUGUUUGGGAACCUUGCUUCUCCUGCUAGCAGUUGUCUGGAAUCUAAAAUGUGCUGCAUGUUCUUAUAAUGACAAUACUGUAAAGUAUACUCUACAUUUGACAAGACUGAUUAAUAAUAUUAAAAUAGUUUUGUAUGGAAACGAGAACAGUUCUGUAGGCUCUUCAAGUUCUGCUUCUGUGAAUUUAUUAAAGUAUCUUGGUUAAAGGCUCA